ACGGUGGCGGCGGCGGCGGCCGUACUGUUUAUUGUGGGGUUUAUAAUGGAUAACUUGACAACUCAGCUGAGACUCUCCAGGUCAAGCUGCCUACACCAUCCACUUUUACGUUUCUCUUUCUCACAAGCAAAAGACAAAUAAAAAUCGAAAGCGUAUGGAAGAGCAGAUUGAGUCAAUUUCUCUCCAAUCAACUCCUGAUCGAUUUUCCAAACCAAGCCCUGUCUCUAUCCCUUUUUCCCCCAAUUUUUUCUAUUCCUGAUUUGUAGCUCAAUCCAAUUUUUGGCAUUUCAAACAUUUCCUUGAUCGAUUUUCAGUUUUUGGGGGGAUAAAUUUACGAAACCUAAAAGGGGUGGUAAUCGAUGUCGCCAGCUCCAAUUGAGCAUACAUUGCAGGAAUCGAGUUCUUGCUCGAGAUCCUACUCUGUUGAUAAUGACAAUCGCGGUCGUUUUGAUAGCCUCAGAGGCGUCCAGUGGCGCAUAAAUCUCGGGGUUUUACCGUCUUCUCCUUCUCCUUCGAUUGAUGAUUUUCGCCGUGUCACUGCUGAUUUCCGGAGGAGGUAUGCUGGUUUAAGAAGACGUCUCUUAGUUGAUCCACAUGUACCCAAGGAUGGAAGCAAUUCACCUAAUCUUGUCAUGGACAACCCACUUUCGCAGAACCCAGAUAGCACCUGGGGUCGUUUCUUUCGAAAUGCGGAACUGGAAAAAAUGGUUGAUCAAGAUCUAUCGCGUUUAUACCCAGAACAUGGGAACUACUUUCAGACACCUGGAUGUCAAGGCAUGCUAAGGCGAAUCCUGUUACUGUGGUGCCUUAGACAUCCAGAGUAUGGAUACAGACAAGGAAUGCACGAACUUUUGGCUCCUCUGUUAUAUGUUCUUCAAGUUGACACAGAGCGACUUUCUGAAGUGCGGAAGCUUUAUGAAGACCACUUCACUGACAAAUUUGAUGGCUUAUCAUCUCAUGAGAAAGAUCUCAUUUAUAAUUUUGAUUCCCAAAAACUUAUUGAUUCCAUUGGAGAUGAGAACAACUCACAUGGUAAUGCAAUGACUGUUAGGAGUCUCGAUGAUCUGGAUCCUGAGAUAAAGACAAUUGUAAUGCUAAGCGACGCUUAUGGUGCUGAAGGGGAGCUGGGAAUUGUAUUAUCUGAGAAAUUUAUUGAACAUGAUGCCUACUGUAUGUUUGAUGCUUUAAUGAGCGGCGGCCGCGGCUACAUUGCCAUGGCAGAUUUCUUCUCCCCCUCCCCUGCAAGUGGGUCCCAGUCUGGCUUACCUCCAGUCAUUGAAGCUUCUACUGCAUUGUACCAUUUGUUAUCAAUCGUUGAUUCAUCUUUACAUAGUCAUCUUGUUGAGCUUGGUGUGGAGCCCCAGUAUUUUGCACUUCGCUGGCUGCGUGUUUUAUUUGGACGAGAGUUUUCACUUGAAAAUCUUUUGAUAGUUUGGGAUGAGAUUUUUGUAGCAGAUAGUGGUAACAUAGAGAAUGGUACUGAGGAUGAUAUAUGUGCCAGCUUUGGGAUACUUAGAUCACCUCGUGGAGCAUUUAUUUCAGGUGUUGCGGUUUCCAUGAUACUUUACAUGAGAUCUUCCCUACUCGCAACUGAAAAUGCAACUUCCUGUUUACAGAGACUAUUGAAUUUUCCAGAGAAGAUAAAUUUGCAAAAACUGAUGGAGAAGGCAAAAUCUUUACAGGCUCUUGCAUUGGAUACUAAUCUCACAUCCUUUUCUCAUUUGUCUAAUGAAGCUUAUAACAGCAGUAAAUCAGCUGUGCUGAGAGGUCAAGGUGUUCCAUCUGAUUCUAUUUCUCCCAAAACCCCGCUAAAUGUGGUACCCGACAGCUAUUGGGAAGAGAAAUGGAGAGUUAUGCAUAAGUCGGAAGAACUUAGGCAAAAUAGUUUAGGAAAAGAAAACCGAGCCCAGAAGAAAAGAUGGUCAGAAAAAGUAAGAUUGCGCCUAUCAAGAGCAGAAUCUUCCCCAUCUCCAGCAAAAGUUGAGAAUGUUACAAAGGAUCCUAUGACAUUUGUCAGGCGAAGUUUGCAAGAAGAUUUGUCCAAGGAAUUGGGCUUGGAUAAAGAUAUUGAGAAAGUGGGCUGCCAUGAAGCUUUUGGCCCGAAAAACCCUCUAGCUGCUGCAGUUGAGGCUGGAGAAGACACUGUUCAUAGGGACUUCACUUGCACAGCUGAAGAGGGAUGUUUAAAUGGAAAUGUUGGCAGCGAGGAAAACUCAUCUGUAUUCUCAGAUCCACCAAGCCCUCAUAGUGGUGAUAAUGACCUUGAAAAUGAGUCAGAAAAAAGUAGCUCCAGAUCAAAUAUAUUCAUUGAUGAACACAAUGGGAAUUCCCCGACUGCAGCAGGAGAAUCACCUCUUCCAAUUUCAGAUCCCCCUGAAAAUGCUGGUAUGGAUUUCGAAUCCAACGAUGAAUCUAUGGGGAAACCAGGGAUAGGUUUGAAGGAGCGGAAGCUUCUUUCCGGUAAAUUUCAGUGGUUUUGGAAAUUUGGGCGGGCUGCUUCUGGUCAGGGCACAUCUGAGAAAGGACAAGCGGCCCUUGAGGCUUCCAACUCUUCUGCUGGUGAAAGUAAUCAGAGCAAUGCAUUGGAUUCAUCUGCCGCUAAUGAAUCUCAUAAUGCUUCAAGUAGUGGCAAAGGAGAUGUCGUGGACCAGAAUGUGAUUGACACUUUGAGGAAUCUAGGACAGUCUAUGCUGGAACAUAUUCAGGUAAUUGAGUCUGUUUUCCAGCAAGAACAAGGUCAGGUGGAAUCUCUGGAGAAUUUUUCUAAGAACAUUAUGGUUGGAAAAGGGCAAGGAACGGCCAUUACAGCUCUGAAAGAGCUCCGUAAAAUCGGCAAUUUCUUAUCUGAGAUGUAAAUUGGGCUCCAUCUAUAUAUACACACCUGUAUAUACAUUUGUUAAUCAUUAUUUUUAGUGAUUUCUCUGUUUAAUAAAACCAAAAUUUUGGGAACUUUGGAGAGGUAAGCAUGUAAAUACCAAUUUCUGUCCAUCAUUCAUGAAUUGAGUGCCUCUGGUUGAUUUAUUA